UUUCGUCUAGUUGCUCGGCGGUGACGAGUAGUUCGUUGGCAAUUUGACGAACACGCCGCUGCCGCCCGCCGCCGUCGCCAUGGACUCAUACAACGGAAGGGAUCAUUCAAUAAACCCCCGCCCGCCAGCCCCCUGCUCUGUUGGUCUUCAACCUUCCUCUCCCUCUCUUCUUCAAUCUCGCUCCCCACCCACCCAGUCCCCGCCGGCCACCCUAGGGGCGGGGUGGGGCGGCCGCCCCAGCUACUGGCGAGCUCGCCCUAGACCCCGGACCCCUUCUUCCCUAGCACCGGCGGCAAGAGAAGAAACGAGCACGGGAUGGGCCUUUUCUUCACUUUGUUGAGCCCCGCCCAACAGAGGUGAGACCGUGUGAAAGGCCACCAUUGCACACAGGCACCCGCCGCCUAGGUGCCCACCGGCCACCGCGGCUCGGCCUCCGCGCCGAGUGCCGACCGUCGCGUAGUCGCCAGCAUCCACCCUCUAACCUGGAUUAGCGGAAGAGGAGGCGUGUGUGCUCAGCGGAGGAGACGAGGCGCACGCCGCCAGGAGCUGAGGAAGACUAGGCGGUCGCAAAUCCAUACGGCGUAUGGGGAGGAGAGGACUGGAAAAGACCAGAGUGUAAGGUGGAAUAACAGGAUUCUUGGUACUACCAGGCUGCUCAACAAGAGGAGAGCUCCUGUUUGACUUGGGGUUGUGAAUUAUGAUCCUCUAUGAACCAUACCCUGGAACAGAUUUCGUUCGAAAGGGAGCAUAAUCUGAGAAGAGCGGUUAAGGGGCGCUGUGAGAAGGGAUGGCGAUGGAGUUGGCCAAGCAAUUGCUCACGCUUCUCGGAAGCUACAGACCACCUCUCUGGGCUACAAUCAUUGCCAUUAUUUUUGUUAUCAUCUCUGUCUCGCUGUCCCUGUACUUGCUGUUCAACCAUCUGUCAGCCUACAAAAACCCAGAGGAACAGAAGUUUCUUGUCGGCGUCAUUCUCAUGGUGCCGUGCUAUGCAGUCGAGUCGUACUUAUCAUUGGUAUAUCCGUCAAUAAGUGUGGAUAUCGAAAUUAUGCGAGAUGGCUAUGAGGCAUUUGCUAUGUACUGUUUUGGGCGCUAUCUAGUUGCUUGCUUAGGUGGUGAAGAUAGGACAAUUGAAUUUUUGAAGAGGGAAGGUGGUUCAGGUUCUACUGCACCACUUUUAGGCCAAGCAUCUGAACAACGAUAUGUAAACCAUCCUUUUCCAAUGAACUACUUGCUUAAACCGUGGCCGCUAGGCGAAUGGUUCUACUUGAUCAUCAAAUUUGGGCUAGUUCAAUAUAUGAUAAUAAAAUCAAUAUGUGCUAUUCUUGCGGUGAUUCUGGAAGCCUUUGGAGUGUACUGUGAAGGAGAGUUUAAGUUGAACUGUGGGUACUCUUACACGGCUGUGGUUCUCAAUUUCAGUCAGUCAUGGGCCUUAUACUGUCUCGUUCAGUUCUAUGCUGUGAUAAAGGAUGAGUUAGCUCAUAUAAAGCCUCUUGCAAAAUUUCUGACAUUCAAGUCUAUUGUGUUCUUAACAUGGUGGCAAGGUAUAGCAAUCGCACUGCUCUUCAAUUGGGGUUUGUUGAGAGGUCCUAUUGCUCAAGAAUUGCAGUUCAAGUCAAGUAUCCAAGACUUUAUUAUCUGCAUAGAGAUGGGUGUUGCUGCCGUUGUCCACCUGUAUGUCUUCCCUGCGAAGCCAUACGAGCUAAUUGGUGAUCGUUUUGUUGGAGAUGUUUCAGUUCUUGGAGACUAUGCUUCUGUCGACUGCCCGUUAGAUCCAGAUGAAGUCAAGGAUAGUGAGCGCCCAACCAAGUUUAGGCUUCCCCAGCCAGAUGAUCGUGUCAGGUCUUCCACUGCCAUAAAGGAAAGCGUUCGUGAUGUCGUACUUGGAGGUGGUGAAUACAUUGUGAAUGACUUGAAGUUUACUGUGAACCAUGCUGUGGAACCCAUCAAUGAAAAGCUGCACAUGAUAUCCGAGAACAUCAAAAAGCGCGAGAAGGGAAAGAAGAAAACAAAUGACGAUAGCUGCAUCAGUUCACCCACAUCCUUGACCAGGGUCAUCAGUGGGAUUGAUGAUCCGCUCCUGAAUGGGAGCCUGAGUGACAACAGUGGUCCAAAGAAAGCACGAAGGCAACGCAGGAAAUCAGGUUAUGCAAGUGCUGAGAGCGGUGGAGAGAGCAGCGACCAUGGCCUUGGUGGGUUUGAGAUCCGAGGGAACAGAUGGAUUACUAGGGAGUGACAACUAAGAGCAAUCUGUGGAGAUACUAUAUAAAUGUCACAGUUGUUGUCCUGUGGUGAUAUGCGAAAACCGAGCCAGUGUAAGAUGAGGUCUCUGGAAUGAUGUUGUAGCACGGCCAAAUCGAGAUGAGCAAUCAGUUUGUUGUCUGUUACUCUGUUGAUUCUUUCAGCUGACAAUUUCAGCUGCUGAGGCCUUGCUCCUGUAUUUAAGAUGCCAGGCCUACUUAGAGCAAGUGUUGGAAGGAAGCAAUAUGCCUGUUCUGAGUUCCCACUUCAUCCUUGUAAAGUACUUAAGUACAGACUAGAACUAGUCAUACAAAAGAAUAGAUUGAUUAUGUUUCCAAAGUUAGAGGUCUGAGAUGCUGUGCCACUCUAUUUGCUUUGUUCCAUGCUUUGACGUUAUAUAUCAUCAUUUUCACUGUUCAUUC